AUGGUGAUGAGAUGCAUUCCUGAGGUAUUACAGCAUUCGCGAUGGUGGGUUAUAGAUGGGGAUGUGGUUUUGUGGUGGGAUCAGUGGUCUCCUUUAGAACCUUUGGGGCAUACUUAUGAAGAUAUUGCUAGGCCUUUGUUGUCUCUAAGAGAAUGCAAGUCGGAGAUGGUUUGGAAUGAGGAGCUGCUUACAAGCUUACUAGGGAGGGAAAAGGCCAUGGAAGUGCUGAUGCAUCUGGGUAAUAGUCGACAAGGUCCAAAUAAAUUGAUUUGGAUGUGGAAAUCAGAUGGGGGUUUCUCUAUGAAAAAUGCUUGGGAGGUGACGAGAUUGAGGGGAUCAGAGUUACCUUGGACUAAUUGGAUCUGGAAUCUUGCUCUUCCUAAAAAUAUUUCUAUCACUAUGUGGCAGGCCUUUCAUGGAGGUCUUUCAGUGGAUGACAAGUUGUGUAAAGUGGGUGUCCUGAUUGUCUCAAAAUGUGUUUGUUGUGAUUUUGGUGCCUAUGAAGACAUUGAGCACAUUCUGGCAAAAGGAGAAAUGGCUCAGCAUAUCUAG